UGUGACCAGGGCAGGGUUUUGAGCUAAGUGCUGAGUCGUUUUGAAAGGUUCUUUCCACUCAAGAAGCAGAGCUCCAGCCGAAGAAUCGAUGUCUUGUCGCUAAUCUUUGGGGACUCUACAUUCGGUCCGAUGUAUUUGACAUUUUCUCUCACAUCUUCUUCUGAUCGUGAGUCGGUCGGACGGCCGGACAGCGUGACUCUGCGGUUCCUCCGGCCUUUGCGUGUCCCGAAGUGCCUCACUACGCUCCUCUGUGACGAGCUCGACCGCCCUGCUUCAGGGUCUGGAAGACACCGUCAGGAGACUGCGGGCCCUGAUCUGUGGAGCACGAUACACUGCAAAACGACAACUGAAACUAAGGCAUCUGCACUCUCAGAGGAGCUGUGGUUGACCUGGAGCUGAUGGCAGAAGGCAAGUCAAUUGAAGAGGAGAUGGAGGACGAAACCAGCACCAUAGAGGAAAUGCCUGAUGCCAGACGACCAAUGAACAGAGGUGCACAGCCUGAUCGCUGGUGUGUGAUGGCCCGAUGGACAUGAUGCAAGAUUUGGCCGGAGAGCAAGAGUCAGAGACUGAGAGUGACAGUGGAGGCUUCAGUGCGAGGCACUGCCCUCCACUGCUCCGAUAAGACCAUCGAGGCUGCGGAAGCUCUGCUCCACAUGGACUCUCCUUCCAGCAUCAGAGGGGACAACAGUCCAGACUCUUUCACUCAGACAUGCAUGGCUGCUCCAGAAUUCCUCCAUGCUGCCAUGAGGCCUGACAUGGUCACAGAGACUGAAGUGGAGAUCUCCGCAGACUGCUGCGAAGAUGAAGAUCUUGAUAAUGAUGAUUAUGAGGAGGAGGAGGAGGAAGAUGAGGAGGAAGAAAUGGUCGGCAUGACAGACAAGCCAGAACCAGAGCCUAGAAGAAAAAAGAGAGCCGGAAGAAAGCCCAAACCCCCUCAGGCAACGUUUUCCAAUGCCACAGACCUUGGCAUCAAGAAGAAACCAAAAGAAGGGAAAGCAGGCAGCACAACCUACCUGUGGGAGUUCUUACUGGACCUGCUGCAGGACAAGAACACGUGUCCAAAGUACAUCAAGUGGACUCAAAGAGAAAAGGGCAUUUUCAAACUGGUGGACUCCAAGGCCGUGUCCAAGCUGUGGGGCAAACACAAAAACAAGCCGGAUAUGAACUACGAGACCAUGGGAAGAGCACUACGGUACUACUACCAGCGGGGCAUUCUGGCUAAGGUGGAGGGUCAGCGACUGGUCUAUCAGUUCAAAGCCAUGCCAAAAAACCUCAUCAUCAUCGAUGACGACAAUGCAGCGGACGAUCUGAUUGGCUCAGAUAUACCAGCGUCCUAUGAUCGUGUUUCUUCCCCGGACAUCCUGUUGCAGGCCAACGACCACUCCUCCAAGAAACCCAACAUCCUCCGCAGAGCCAACUCCAAUAACAUGGCCCAGGUGCCUGUUGUGAUGGACAGUAAGUUGCUGUCAGUUGGUGGUGGGGUGACUACAGUAACAGCGGGGGUCCCAAGAGUCGUCACUGUGUCUGCCGCGACAGAAAGAGCUCCGCAGACUCAAGCAACCGUAGUACCCAACAGCACGGCGCCCAGGACGGUGCGGGUCGCUAUGCAAGUCCCUGUUGUCAUGACGACAUCAAUGGGUCAAGAGAUCUCCACUGUUGCCGUUCAGCAACCGACAACAACAACGGGAGCAGCCAGGCACACGACUUUUGUCACCAGCAGCGCCCCUGAUGGUGGAGGCUCCAACAACCAAUCCAAGGUUGUGUUCCAAACCCUCCCCACAGUGGUUCCUGCCACAGCCAAGAAUGGGGAGAAGAUCACAGUUCAGCUGGCAAAGAUUAUCUCCAUCCCAGCCCAUCAGCUAGCUCAGCUUCAGGCCGGUCCACCCAAGACCAGCGGCCUGUCUCAGUCCAGCAUCAGUCUCAUCGGAGGUCAAAUGGCGGUGCGUGCUCUCGCACCUGUCAGCAUGUCGCCAGGGUCACAGGUCAUGAGGCUGACUGUGCCACCUCAGAACCAACAACAGACUCUGGUCAUGGCACAGCCUGGUAGUGUUGGUGGCAAAGCGACUGUUGUCUCCGUGUCGGCCGCUAAUCAAACGUUGGUGGCGCCACCACAGGUCAUCAGCGGCAUCAUCAGUGGCUCUGAGGUUGUGUUGGGUCAGGAGAGGAGAGGAGUGGCUGCAGAAAAGCUGAAGACUGCAGGUGGCCAGGUUCAGGCUGUGACUGUCCCCAUGUCGAUUCCAGCCCAACAUGACCAGGGGAACCCCAAAGCCGUGGCAGUUGAUACUGAGGUAGUGAUAAAACUAGAAACACCUGAAAUAAUGAAGGGUGAGGACCCAGAAUGUUGAGUUUCAGACUCCUGUUGCAAGCUUGGCAGUGUCUUAGCAGCUUUUGCUGCACGGAACUCGAAUCUGGUCUGCUGUCCUCAGGCCCACCAGGGUGCGCCGCAAAUCACGAACAAAGGCUCACACUACAAGUAAGACCUAGAACUGACUACCAAACCACAGAUGGCCCCGGAAACUCUAGUUCCAAUAGAUUAACACUACGGAUGAGGCAAAGAAGUUUAGCAAACUGUUUUCAAAAACCAGCAGAUUUUAUACUGUAUUCACUGUGCAAAUCCGUGUGUAUGUGUGUUGUAUGUAUGUGUGGGUGUGUGUGUAAUAUAUAUGUAUAUGAACUAUACAGUUUCAGUUCCCCCCCAUUAAACUGGUGUGUGCGUCUGUUUUACCAACACAGUAUUCUCUAUCUGUCAUUAUUCAUUUUUUAUGUUUUCUGUAUUUUAGGAGCUCUUCCAUUUUCAGGUCUCAUUUGAUGAGUACUGUAAACCAGACCACUGUGUGACCCAGACAGUUUUCGAUGGGCCGUCCCAUUACAUUUCGUUGUUACUAUUGUUUUCAAAUGAGAAAAGAUGGAAGUUUGUGUUCAGACUGAACUGUUUGUACAUUCAACAUUUGAAGUAUAUUCUAUUUUGCUGUACUCUUGUUUCAAAGUGUAUAAAGUAGAUUUUACUGGAAUAUAAA